CAGAAAAAUUAGACUCGGUAAAAGGUCUUGUGUUUUGUAUAUUUUGAAUAUCUCCUACGUUUUAUUGUAUAAAAAAUAAUUUAUGCAAUUGUGUAAUGAGUGAUGGUGUGUAUUACCUUCAUACAUCCAGAUUUAGGCAUCGGCGGUGCGGAACGAUUAAUUGUUGAUGCUGCUGUCGCAUUGAAGAAGAAUCGUCAUGAUGUUCAUAUCAUCACAGCUCAUCAUGACUCGUCUCAUUGCUUUCCAGAAACUACAAAUGGAUUUCUACCGGUAACUGUGGUCGGAGACUGGCUCCCUAGAAGUGUAUUCGGUAGAUUUUGUGCUUUAUGCGCAUAUAUCCGUAUGUUAUAUGCAGCUCUAUAUUUGAUAUUCUUCAGCGAUAUAAAGACUGACAUCGCAAUCUGUGAUCAAGUAUCGGCAUGUAUUCCAGUGCUUCAUUUCAAGAUUAAAACUGUGAUAUUUUAUUGCCAUUUUCCGGAUUUACUCCAAAGUAAACCUGGAUCUUCGUUGAAAACGUUAUAUCGGGCUCCGUUGAAUUGGAUUGAAGAGGUCACUACUGGACUUUCUGAUGUUAUCUUGGUAAAUAGUGAAUUUACCAGAUCAACGUUCAAAAACACGUUCAAGACCAUCCAAACGAUACCGAAAAUUUUAUACCCAUCAGUCAACACAAAAUUUCUCGAUGAAAUAGAUAAUAAUUCCGUCGUUGAUUUAUCUGAAUUAGGGAUUAUCAAAUCUGAGUACUUUUUGUCGAUUAAUCGAUAUGAACGGAAGAAAAAUCUGAAUCUAGCGAUAGAAGCAUUCGCUCAGUUGAAACAUAAGGUUUCUUCGGAGCAGUGGUCAAAUUUUAAACUAGUCGUCACUGGAGGAUAUGACGUGUUGGUUCAAGAAAACAUCGAGUACUUUGAUGAACUGCGUAAUUUGGCAGAAGAACUUGAAAUUAGUCAAAAAGUUGUGUUUUUGAAAUCUUCUUCAGAUGCUGAGAAAAUUAUGCUGCUGAAAAACUGUAGAACUGUAUUAUAUACUCCUUCCAACGAACAUUUUGGGAUUGUGCCUCUAGAAGCAAUGUAUUUUGGAAAACCCAUCAUCGCAGUUUGUAGUGGAGGUCCUCUAGAAACUGUGUUGAAUAAAACUACUGGAUUUUUAUGCGCACCAAAUGCUGAAUCAUUUGCAGACGCGAUGCAGAAAUAUGUAAUUGACGAAGAACUUGCUAAUCAGAUGGGACAUGCUGCUAAAAAAAGAUUUGAGGAAAAUUUUUCUUUUGAUAGUUUUUCGAAUAAAUUGAAUGAAAUAAUUUUAGAUCACAUUUCUUGAAGCGAAACCAACUGAGUAUGGUGAAAUACCAACCUUUUCUUUUUCUCAAUAAACGCGAUCGCCGAGCUUAAAGGAAAACAACUGGAUCGCUUAGAGGCUUGAGCAAAUAUUUUUAAUUUCAAUUUCUUUUAUAUUGAACCAAUUCUUGUUUAUUAAAUUUUUUAAAAUAAUGAGUAAUUUUUCAAAUGUA